AGUAUCAACAGUAAAUACAAUGGCAAGUUCAAGUGAAAAAAAAAGAGUUCAGUUCAUUCAACAGCGACUAGAAACUCUACUCGCAGAAAAGACAGCUCUCUGUGAAAAAAUAGACCAACACGUUAAAAUGGUGGAAGAACGAACUAUGAUGUGGAUGAAGAACCCUGGCUCAUCUCUUGAGAGCUACAUGAAUAUCUCUAGUCUACUGGAGAUAGCUGUCGAUUCGCUUUUGCAGAAAUCGGACUGUUUUUCUGACAAAGAUGUUGUGCUACUUGCAGCUCAAUUUAAUGCAAGCGUCAAAACAAAAGGAUCUGAUAAAGCAGGAACAAGUAUUAUAAAUCGUCUUGAACAAUUGGAAGCAAAUAUGUUAGUUCAUCAAGACACAAAACAAACGAUCCAAGACCCCAAGAGAAAGAUGACUUCUAGUACAGAUGAGGCUCAUACGAUCCCACUAAGACUUCAGGAGGAAAUGAAAAAAGUGUCCAAUGAACAAAAUCUAAAGAUUGAAAAACUUACUAAACAACUGCAGGAACAAAGCCAGUCAAUAAAAGCGAUGGAUAAUGAAAUCAAAUGUUUAAAAGAAAGAGAAUACAACUUAAACAAAACAGUUGAAAAGUUGUCACAAGAUGUUCAAGAAUGUAAAACCAACUCAGACAAAAUAAACAAAGAGAUGCAAGUUCAGACAGAUAAGACUGUGCGUAUUAUAGAAGAGAUAAAAAAACAUUCUGGUUUGAUUUUUGCAUUUCAGCGAGAUGGGAAUAAGCUAGCGGUGCAUACUGAAAGUCAAUUUCAGAAAUUGCUUUUUAAGGCAAGUUAA